AUGGACGACCCUGUCGCCGAGAUACCACGCAUUAUCAGAGCCCUCUGCACAGCUCCUCCAGAUGUUCAGCGAGCAACGAUAGAAGCCUAUUUCACACCCACCGCCUCCUUCACCCAUCCCUUCUGUCGCACAGGCAGUUUCGCGGGUUCGAUAUGGCUCAUCAUGAUGGUCUACCGCUGGUACAAGAUCCUCAGCCCUCACAUUGACAUCUGGAUAGACAGUGUUGCGUUCGACAAGGACAACCUACUGCUCUAUGUUUCAAUGCACCAGAACUUCAAACUCUGGGUUGUUCCCUUCUACAACGCUCCUGUCAAGUUUGUUACGGUUCUGCAACUGACCACGGACCCGAUUCCACACGGACCUGAACCCUCCGAGUUUGCCGAGAAAUCACCCUCGCCCGAACAGGGGAACGGCGAAAUGAAAGGCAGGAGGAAGGUCACAUUCGACACUGGGGGCACACGCAAGAGGGCUGCAAGAAACGGGGAGACCUCUUCGGAGUCCGCACCAUCGCAACAAUCUGCGGGAGAACAAUACUACAUUCAAUCGCAAAAUGAUCUCUAUCAGACGAGCGAGUUCAUCAAGUUCCUGGUACCCUGGGGCGUGGGAGUCUUCCUCGUCGUCGCUUGGCAAUUCAUUGCCACAAUUGCUUGCGUCACCGGCACAAAGAUAUUCGACCUUUUAGCCUGGCUACCCCGAAGACUCUACCGCGCUCAUUUUGAGGUGUUCGACAACAACAAGCAAUUUUAUGGGCCCGACUGA